AUGGAUGAAAGGUUGAGGAGUGCAGCUCAAUCAGGAAAUAUAGAUGCCUUGUAUGAUUUAAUCGAAGGUGACGCGGAUGUUUUACGACGCAUCGAUGAGAUGGAGUUCGUUGAUACUCCACUGCACAUAGCUGCAGCUGAAGGGCACACUGAGUUUGCAAUGGGGUUGAUGAACUUAAAGCCAUCAUUCGCUAGGAAGCUCAACCAACGCUGCUUUAGCCCCAUUCACCUAGCCUUGCAAGAGAAACAAGAAAAGAUGGUGGAUGAUCUCCUAUCAAUUGAUAAAGAUCUUGUUCGCGUCAAAGGGAGGGAGGGUUACACUCCUCUUCAUCAUGCAGUCAGCGAAGGAAAUGUUCCGCUUCUGUCUAAAUUUCUGGAGAAUUGCCCCAAUUCUAUCUUUGAUUCGACUAUUCGAAAAGAGACUGCUCUGCAUAUUGCAGCACAAAAUAAUAAUUUAGAAGCUUUCCAAGCCAUACUGUUUUGGAUUCAGAAGACACGCGAAUGCCACAACAUGGAGAAAAGAAGAAUCCUAAACUUACAGGACAAGGAUGGAAACACUGUGCUGCACAUAGCCGCAUCAAAUAACCAAACCCAGAUGAUCAAACUGUUAAUAGAAAGCAAGAAGGUUGAUAGGAAUACGGUUAAUCAGACAGGUUUUACAGCUUUGCAUGUCUUACAAGUACAAGCUCCAGUUGACAGCGAGAGUGUCAACACUCUGAAUCGUGCUGAAGAGGAAGUACAAGCUCCCUCAAAGUUCCGUAGGGUGCGAUACUUUGCCAAAUUCGAACGUGAGAUUGAGGAGAUGAAACCUGAUACGAUCAAUGCGUUGCUAGUCGUAUUUGCACUGAUUCUAGGGAUGAGUUACCAAGCUGUUUUCAGCCCGCCAGGUGGUGUUUUGCAGGCCGAUGCCGGUUCCAGUACUAAAGAUGCGGGGAAAGCAGUCAUCAGUCCUUCUGUGUUUGUUUUGUUCUAUACUUAAAAUAGUGCAGUUUUUAUGAUGGCGUGGGUCGUAACAGUUCUCCUCCUCAGGGUCGUUGGCAAGAGUAUCGUGCCUAUCGUGUACUUACUAUACUUUUUGACGUGUGGUUGCUUCAGUGGUGCACUGGGUAUCAUAGGGCGAGCGGUAAACCGUUGGAUGAUUUGGGUUGCUGCUAGCAUCAUUAGUGCGUUAUUUGUUUUUCUUUUUUGAAAGGCGAAGGAAUUUUUACUAAGAAAUGGUAAAUAAAUGAGAGGUUGUUUUGGCCAAAGCUAAGCUAAGAAGACACAGAGAAAGAAACAAGAAACAAUAAGUCAGGAAGAAGGAAGAGAGAUUGACCCAUAAAAAGGUCAUUGACUAAAAUAUCCCUAGUACGUAGAAUCCUUGUUUUGGCUAAUCCAUUGACAAUGGUGUUACUCUCAAUAUUUAUGAUUCAAGAUAUGUUUCAACAGGAAGAGUGGAAAGAUAAUUUGCAGUGGCUAUCAUAGAGGCCAAAGCGAUUUACCGCUUAGGCUGCUGCUUCUCUAUCAUUGUUGUCUUAUUUUAUGGUGUAUGUUUACUUCGUUCCAAUACAAUUGAGAUGUGUAGAUUUAA